AUGUCUCCAAAAACAGCCACGAUCUCCCUCUCUCUCGCUCUCCUCCUCCUAACUAUAACAUUGUCCUCCGCCACUACCGACUGCCCGGGCUUUGAUUCAGUCUCUGACAUCUUGCGUCAUUACGAUAUACCUCCCGGGCUUUUCCCUGAUUAUGUGGAGCACUUUCGAUGCGAUCCUAUCAACGUAGACUCCCACAUGUUAUCGAUUCAAUUGCAAGGUGUUUGUGCCGUUAGUAGGACAAUGUUCGGUAUCGGUAAUCGUGUCGUCUGCCAACCCCAAAUGUCAGCGAUCAUAAAAUAUCGGCAGCUCACCAAUGUCAAGGGAGUGACUGUCACGCUCACCUUUGGUAACCAACCAAUUGGAGAGGUCAUGACAGUUACCGAAGCCAAAGUUUUCCAAUUAGGCAACUUCCUUCAGUUCGAUUCUGAUAAAGGUAAAAGUCCGUGGUUCCCUGUUGCUUUAAUCCAGGUACCUCCUAAGUGUGAUAGCACCGCCGGAGCAAUUGAUGCGAAGAACGACAACAAAGCUAUUCCGAAUUGGGUUCAUAACUAUGGUCGCCUGCUUCCACUUGUUGCUUAA